AUGACCGUGAAUCUCCAAUCUAACGCAAUAAGAUCUCCAGGAGUACAAUAUCUAGCUAUUGCAUUAAAAAAUAAUGAAACGCUUACAAGUUUGAACUUUGCAUAUAAUGAAAUAGGCAAUCGAGGAGUUCAAUAUUUAGCCGAUGCACUAAAAGAGAAUACCACACUCAAACAGCUGGAUCUUUGUAGAAACCAAAUAUAUAAUCAAGGAGCGGAAUAUUUAGUUGAUGUAUUACUGACAAAUCAUACACUCACACAAGUGAAUGUGGACAAUAACUCAAUCGAUGAUGAAGUACUUCAAAACUUAAUUACUGGAUUAGAAAACAAUCGAAUCCAAUGA